AUGGCUGUCGACAAGGAUAACGAAUUCCUUAAUUUUGCUCCCUUACUGGACCAGAAUUCUGCUCUGGACGAUGCCAAUGAUGAUGAACAGCUGCCUCUGCCUCAGUUAUUGGCCAAGAUCAUUGCACAGCGAGGGUCCUUUUUGGACAUUUCCGAGGACAAGUUGAGAGAGGAAAUUGAAAACGAGCAAUUGUCGAAAGAGACAGCGACUGAUCAAGACGACGUUGAGAUGGAGGCGGAACUGCCGUCUACUCAGGAGCAGCUCAGGUCUUACGAAGAGUUUACGAAAGUUAAACAAGAAAUUAUCAACUCUGUCCACUCUGCUUUGAACGAAUCGUCUUUAUCAUUGGACUUUGUUUCCCUUUUGAUUUCCUGUGUUCGUCCAGCGGCAGGUUCGUCAUCCAUGUCUCCUCAUUUGAAGCAACACAUCAAAAUAGGAUCUCUAUCAAGCGACAAGGUCGACCCUCCAGAAGAUACUGAAAAAUUGCAGCUGGACAUCUCAAAAGUCGGUCGAGGCUGGAAGUUGGAAAGUCUGGAGCGCGCAGCGGCAAAUUUAAAGUCUUCCAGCUCCAGACUCAAAGAUGAGGUGGCAAAAGAGAAAAAUUUCUGGUCAGGCAUGGUGGAGGUGCUGAAGUCGAACGAGGUGAUCACGAGUAUGAAUAUAAAAAACACCAGAGAGGUCUGUGUCAAGUACGGAUAUGGGGAUGCCGGAUCAACGUACUACGAUAAGGGAAUAGGAAUUCUGAAAAAAGACGCGAUCACCGGCAAUCUCUUUUUCGAGAACUCUGCUCCAGCUAAAGAAGAAAAACGAGACAAGAUUGUCAACGUCCGGAUAUAUGAGAAAAACGGAGAGAACAUUAAUCUGAUCGGCGAAUCCAACCUAGAACCGAGAUUGCGCACGUUUAAAGAGAAGGAAGGUGUGAUAAACGAGAUCGCAAAGGCAAGAUAUUUUCUGUUUGAAGAAGAGUUGUUUUAUCAAUUGCUCCGAGAGGCCGCAACUCUGAUAUCUCUCCAGGUAUCCGCAGAGGAAGAUAAGAUCGUGAUAGAUCUCCAUGAUGAAGUCAUAGAGAUCACACAAAUCACGCCCGAAAAAGUUCAUGCUCCCGCAGACCUUCCAUCAAAUGAACGAGCAGACCUCAUCCAGAUAUACUUGCGAUUGAUGCUCUAUGCAGAGCACAAACAUAAUUUGGACCAGCGAAAAAUACCUCCUUUAGCGUUGGACACAGAGUCCCAGAGCCCACCCCAGACAUCUUUCUUGUCGCUAAUUCGUCCAAUUAUCGUUUACAAUCGCCAUGAGCGCACGUUGGAUUCCGUACGCGACGUGCUGGAAUCUAUCAUUUUAAACCUCUUCGAGAACGACAGAACAAAAACUAAAGAUCAUUUAGCAGAACAUUUGAAAAUAAACAAGCAUUGCAGCGAGUCAUCUGCACGCUCGAAAGAUCCCUUUGCGCGUAUUAGCACGCCGCCUGCCUCAGUUCUGGAACUCGCUACUGACUCACUGUUGGUGCGAGUCAAGCUGACCUCGCUGUUUGCAUCUGCUUAUUCGGUGAUGAACCUCACAUUGGAAAACCGGACCGGUUCCACGAUCUUGGAUGUGACUCUUAAUGACGUCAGAGAGCUAGAGGAUUGUUUGAACUGGGCAGUGCGCAACCAUGAUUCCAUAUAA